AUGCGCUUUGCAAUCAUUCUUUUGUCAUUUUUGGCCGUAUUCGCCAAUCUCUUCGUCAAUGCUACACCAAUCAAAGGUGUCAGCGAUUCUCUUGAAGAACGUAAUUAUUCUCCAGAUGCUCCAAUCGGUCUCUUGAAACGUCAAGGCUCAACCCUUCACGCUCUCUAUGCGCAAUUCUGCGAUAAAGAUGGAGAUAAUUGUUCAACUGAGCAUGACAUGUUUAGCCGCCAAUGCUUCUAUGAAGAUGUUUCAAAGGGAGACAAAAUUCGUAUCAAAUCUUACCCAAGACAACAAUCGGGAACAUUUGUUCUGCAUUCUUAUUCCACUUUUCUUGCUUGUGAUGCGUAUGAUGAUGGCACUUUCUUUGGUAAUAAGCAAGAAAUCGUCAAACCAUAUGACGGUGAAGUGAUCGAUCUCGAACUUCAAGAAUGUGCGCCUAUGCAAAAUACGCGUAAUGUCGGACAAAGUGAUAACGCAUAUACAAAAGGUGAAAAACUUCUCGAACGAGACAAUUACAUCUAUGCUCAACUUUGCAAUGAAGCUGGACUUGAUUGUACCGGUCAACAUUACUUGACCAAUCCUGCUUGUUUCGAUUGGAACUCCACCACAAAAGCACUUCGAAUUCAUGCAUCGCCUGCAAUUCAAAGCUCAUCAUUCACCCUCUAUACCACAUCCGUCGGUCAAACAUGUCCGGAUCAGAUCACAGCGGAUCAAUACCUCUAUAAGCCUUUCGAUGGUCAACUUAUCCCAGUCACAUCAACUGGUACACGGUUCUAUUUCGAGGGAAGCGCUUGA